GAUAUGACUUUGUGUACACAAUCAAUGCGGACUGUGAAUGGACCAUCGACACCGAUGAUUGAAGAGAAAUUACAAUUUUUGAAACCUAUGGAACAUCAGCUAGCCUAAAGCCUUAGGUUUUAGAGUGAGGAUGAACAUUUCUCCUCGGACAAUCACGGGAGGUUUGCAUCCUCUCAACAAAGGGGCGUGUGAUUGGGGAUGGCAAAAUUUGUUUGCAUAUGGCUGUCACACUUCAGUGGUUGUCAUAGAAACAAAAGGCAUUCAGACCAUCCAAACGCUUGAAAAGCAUCGUAGUCCUGUAGUACAAGUGCAGUGGGCUCGAGAGAAUUACCAUCAUACGAUAGAUGCACCAUAUACCCUGAGACUUGCCUCUGCUGAUUCUUCAGGUCAGAUCAUCAUCUGGGAUGUAUGUGCAGCUACAGAGAGAGCAAGCUUCUCAGAUGGAACUAAGCCAGUCCAAGAUUUACAGUGGCUAGCUACCCAGGAUGCAUCACAUGAUUUACUAGUAGCUCUACAUCCUCCUUAUAGCAUUGUGUUAUGGAAUGCUGACACUGGCACUAAACUAUGGAAGAAGACUUUCACAGAUGUCCUUCACUGCUUCUCAUUUGAUCCAUUCGACUCUGCAAAUCUGACUUUACUUGGGAAUGAUUGCAUCUUGUUCAUCAAUGACUUCAGUGCAGCUAAACCACCUUCUAGUAAUGGCAAGAAGUUUUUCAUCACCACACCUAGUCCACAAACAACCAAUCAGCAGCUGACUGGUGGUAUGGCCAGUGAUCGUAGAGGGAGUAGCGCAAGUGGAGCAAGAACUGCACUCAAGAGGGUUCGUCUUCUGGUAGGGGAUAACAAAACAAGACAAAAAUCAGUGAAUACAUCCCUGGAUGACCCUGAAAGUCAGGGUGUGAGCGAAUGUCUUCAGCUAUCUUACAUGAGAUCUAGACGCAAUCACCUACUUCUCCUGUAUGCAAGAGAGAUUCUGAUCCUAGAUCUGGCAAUCUAUCAGACAGUUAGUGUCAUUCCCAUGGAGAGAAGUGGGUCUCCCUUUCAGCAGGUCUUUCCUUGUAGGCAAAGAGAUGUACUGAUGUGUUUACAUGACAACGGAAGUAUUAGUGUGAGAAUACGGAGAAGACUGGUAACCACAUCUCCAGGGGCACCUACCACACCAUCAGAUCAGUAUCAUGGUACACUAUCAGGUGGAGAAAUGGUCUUGGAAGGUCAAGAUAUGACCUAUGACCUCCGAUGUCAGUCUGACCCUCUGCGAGUGACCAAACACAUGCGUACCUUUGGUUUGGCUUGCAGUCCUGUGAGUGAGAGUCAUAGUGCCCUGAUGUUGAGUGAUGGUCGCAUUCUCUUCUGGUCUCUGAUGACUGUAGAUCAUGAUGCAGCAUCUAUGGGUAACAAUCACUCUCAGCUUGUACUAUCUCCACUUCAUUCUCCUGGUCAAGCUUUCCCCCCAUCACUCAAUGGAGACUUUGAAUUCCUGCCGCCUCUUCUUGCCUCUGCUAAACCUACUCAGAUACCAGUCCCUAAGACCUCCAUUGCUGACUUCCUCUGUCCACCUGAUGUCAUUGUGGAUGGAGACUUCAAACAUGGCCGACAGGUGCUACUCAAGUUUGUCAUGACAGGUCUCUCAAGUGGAAUAGCUGAUGUGCCUGUAGUGAUCAGAAUGUGUCCACCAUUAACCACCAAGAAUGUUCAUUACUACAAGCCUCUCAUUACCAUAGGUACUUCAACUGGUUUAGUACAGGUCUACAAUCUGACAACAGGAUCGUUGUACAGAGAAUACAACAUUCACACAACAUCUGUCAGAUGUAUAGAGUGGGUGAGUCUAACAAGCUUCCUAUCAGUAAGCUAUCCUAACCCAUCUAGUAAUGGAACAGUGCGUAAUGAACUACUGCUUCUAGACAUGCAGACAGGACGAACCAUUCCUAUGAGAGAGCACAAAGGAGAUGAACCACCUAUUGAGGCUCUCAAAGUUUCACAUCUCAAGCAGUACCUGAUAGUUCUGUUCAAGGAGAAACCAUUUGAGAUAUGGGAUUUGCGCACUCUAUGUCUUCUACGAGAAAUGCCCAAGCAUUUCCCUAUCAUCACAGCCCUGGAAUGGUCACCAUCUCAUCACAAGAAGAAAGCUGUCAAUCUUGAACAACAAGCUAGCAGCAUGAGUUUAGAUGGAGUUCUGAUGGGGAGCACUAUUAAUCUAGCUGAGAGUAGUAGUGAGAACAGACCAGUAUCUACAACAAUCCGAGAACACUUUGUAUUUGCUGAAAUUAGUGGUGUACUUCAUCAUUUCUGGGUUGAGGGUAGUGUGGUGCAUGAGGGCGCCAAACUGCCGUCAGAGAGCAGUCUAACGACAAUCAGCUGUAUUGCUUGGAAGGGAGAGACUCUGGUGAUGGCAGAUUCGGAUGGAAACCUUGGGGUAUGGGAUCUCAAGGCUAAGAUCUCUAGGAAUUAUCCAACUCACAAGUCUAACAUCAAGAAGCUUAAGUUUGGUCCCGGGAAAGGGAAUCUAAAGCUCAUGUUUCUCUGGAAUGAUGGUGUUGACAUUUGGGAUUGCAGAGAGAUGCAAGCACUGAGUUCACUAAAGGGUAGCAAGGAUGAUCGCAAACCAAUCGACAUGGACUGGGCAGCUUCAGACAAACCUGUUGUGCUGAGUGUAGAUGGAUGUCUGAGAGUCUAUGAUGUACAUCUAAAGACCUCCUGUUGGUCAAUUGCUGAUGCCGAGUUUGUUGAACCAGUAUUCUGUCCUUAUCUACUGUCUCCCAAGGCAGCUCUGGCUAUGAAGUAUACCAUGCAGCAUCAACCAUGGAAUAAGAACUAUUCCCUUCAACUCACCAGUGAAUAUGAGACUCCUGAAGAUGAGAAUAUCAUCAAGUCUGUGAAUGAGCAGCUCAAGAUCAUGCCAAGUGACAAUAGAAGAUAUCUACCAGACUGUCCACAUGGUACAGCUCAACGGUGUUUGUUGGCUGCAAGACUCUUUGGUGAUGAAGCAGAGUCAGAGUUCUGGAAUGUCGCCCUCUACUAUCUACGAGCAGAACGUGUCAAGAAGAGUCUUGGAAUGUCCAAAGAAGAUACUCUUCAGGAUGAUCCAUUGACUGAGUUUGGAUUAGAGCCACCUUAUGACCCGACCCACUUCCAGCCAAGUGACUCCACCAAAUCAAACCACUUGAUGUUGAGGGAGCUACCUUUGGACAUGUGUUAUGAUGUGCUCUGUGAUAAUGUCACCUUUAGGAAAUACCAGCUAGAAAGAAUUCUACUGCAUGAUGGUAAAAGGACAACUUACGAGCACACCAUGAAAUGUGUGGAGAAUUUUAUUCUCCUUGGCCAGACUGACAGAGCAGUACAGCUGCUUUUAGAGACUGAGCCUGAGAAUGAGAGUUACUUGUUGGAUCUGAUGAGGGCAUGUCUUUGUGCUACAGCUCAGGAAUCAGGAUCUUCACAAAGCACUAUCAAACUGGUAGCUACUAGCCUAAUAGCAAAUGGAAAACUUGCUGAGGGUGUACAGUUGUUGUGCUUGAUCAACAAAGGUAUUGAUGCAUGCAGGUAUCUACAGACAUACAACCAGUGGUAUCAAGCUAUGUGGGUAGCAAAGGUGCGUUUAAGUGACUCGGACUGUAAUGAGGUGAUGAGGAGAUGGGUAGAGAACCUGUGCAGUCCUCAUGUCAAUCAGAAGAGUGUAGCUUUGCUGGGUCUUCUAUCCAUGGGUAGCUUUAUCAAGGUGCUUCAAAUGCUACUCAGUCUGCAUUACUAUGACCGUGCAGCCAUGUUUGCCGAGGCUUGUUUGGAGUUUUCAGUACUCCCUGAGGAUGAAGAUACCAAAUCUCUGUUGGAGAAGGUUUUCUUGGAGUAUGCUCGCUAUCUGCUGGCACUAGGCAACAAGAAAGCAUAUGGACACUACUGCAACAGGGCUGCAGAAAAAGCCGAGAAAGUCAUGCAGGACUUGGAAUGGAUGGAAUAAACAUCUAUAUAUACUAUCAGGAAGCUAAUCAAAAUAACCUACAAGUUUACCAGCUCUCUCUACUUUAUUUAAUAUAAACUCUCUCAAUUUUUCAAACUCCAAUCCUUAAUAGUUAUUGUAGGCAAGUUUCUGUCAACUUGAACUAGCUUUCAUACUAUGAAGGACAUGUUCCCUCUACUCUAGCCACACUAUUGAUCAUUAUUUCUAAACAUUCAUUUGAUCUCUUGUAGGUGAUAAGUGAGCACAUGUAGAUAUCCAUAUUACAUGUACAUGUACAUCUAUAUAUCAUUUUGGAAAGUAUUUGUUUUAUAAACUGCAGUUACUAAUGGUACACCAAGCUCAUACCAGCACAUAGACACGGGUAUUGAUCCACUUGCCAAAGUUUUUAAUCCUCGGAGGAACUUAAUAUUUUAAUGGUCGGAAUGAAAGCAUUACUUUCUCAAAGUGGCAAUUACAUGAAACAUAUAAGCACAAGUACCAAACAUGAUUUGGAUCAAAUUUCAUGUCAAUAGCAGUUAUUUGUAUGCCUCGGCGAAAGAAGGUCUUUCUGGCAGCAAUAUGUUUUUGGAUAGUUGGGCUCUGUUUGUACUUUCUGCUUUUUGUUAUGGUAGGGAAUGAGAACCAUUAAACAGAUUCUAACCAAUCUUGGGUCAACUAGUAAUUAGCAUGUAAGGAUAAACUGAUUAGAUUUUGGGUGCAAGAGGUCUAAGGUCAAAGGUCUUGGGUCACAGGAUCAUAAUAGUUUAUAGAAAAUAUCUUGUUACCGUGACAAGUUGAAAAGCAUUAAAGCAAUUCAAUCCAAACAUGGAUGAAGUCUUUGUUUGUGUGAGUAUCCAAAGAUGAAUCAGUUAAAAUUUGUUUGAGAUCAAUGGUGAUAGAUCACAGGGUCAUGAAAGAUAACAAUUCCUAAAAAAUAUCUUGUUUCUGUGAUAUCUUAAAUUUCUGAACAAAAAUUGAAUGAUUACAUUGUCAACCAAAUUGGGCUCAUAUGAGUUUUUGAAAAAUAUUAAAUGAAAAGAGUUUGGGUUUGUGAGGUCAGAUGUUAUAAGUUACAUGAUCAUUGAAUAACGAAGAUACAUAUAGGUGGAGGCAUAUUGUUUACUUCUAAAAAAAUGUAUUUUACAAGUGCCCACAUUUUGGAUUUGAAAAUGGCCUCCAGAAUACUUCUUUUAUUUUUCAAUGACUCUGUCUGUGAUUAUCCUUUUAAACCAAAAUAAUAUAUUAGUGUGUUUUAUGGAUUCAAUG